GAGAAUAGCAUUGAAUUUUCCGUAAAUCAAUUUAAUUUGAAGACAUAUAAAUGAUAUAUUUUUUAUAAUGUGCAUAAUAACAUAGGUUCUCCUUUGAUAGUUGGGGAUAAAUAUGUUUAGGAUCAUUAACCUUUUUACCACGAUUUAAAUGUACAGAUGGAGGCUAAAAAUAUAUCUGGUUUAAUAGAAAAAAGCCACGAGGCUUUGGCGGAAGGCGAUGAAGAAAACGCCAAACGAUUUGCUUUACAGGCUAUUAUUGGUAUAAACAACGAGAAAGAAACAUUCCUUACCGGACUACAUGUUACGGUCACCGAACAGCAACUAGCCGACUGGUACGGCGAGUGUUCCUUUAUUCUGAACACGAUCGAGGAAUUCAUUACAGCGGCAAAAUGUUUUUACACAGCUACCAUAUUUGACCAGCAAUGGAACUUUCAAAAGCAUACGGCCGUUGCGCAAGUACUUUGGGAUGCCAUUGUUUUUGAAAAUGAUAUAUUUUCUGUGUUUGGAAACCUUCAGACUAUCAGGAGCCUUCUUGCUGAACUAGACACGUUGGCUAAACUUGCUGAAAGGCGGAAAAGAUGGUCAGUGUGCGUAGCUAUAGAUGGUGAUGUAAAUAAAGUGUAUACUCUGCUCAGGAACUUGGGCUAUUUGCAAGGAGCUAUUAUCGACCAUCCAGGACGUAAAAGAGGAAUGUGGAGAAUAGCAAGAUGCUAUCUUGAACUGAACUUACACCAGGAGGUUAGAAAGUUGUGCAGCACAAUAUUGCAGUACGUUUGUGAUUAUGACGAUUCUGAGGCUUUGGAAAUUUGGGCAAGGUCUUUGUACAACACAGGCGAUUACGAUCUUGCUUUGAAGAAAAACAACUUAGCCCUGAAGUACUGUUCGAAUCAGGGCGACCAAGAAAGACUUAUUUCUUUCGAGGCUAAAAUAGUCAAGAAGUUGGAAGAAUCAUCAGUUUUACAAACUGAGCCAGAUGAAUCUUGGCUUGAGGGAACAAAUGUCAAUUUUCCAAAUGAGUCUGCUAGUAAACUAAAUGCGUCAACUCCAAGAAGAGUGAAAAGGCGGCAUAAAAGGCCAAAAGCGAUUGAUCGAUCUGGAAGCAAUACGCCGAUGUCAAGAGCGCAGUCACUAGAAAGAAAGAAAGCAACAAAGUUAUUGACAUCCUCUUCUUUAAGGAAUACUGAUAAGGCUACACUCAAAACAGUCACAAUGGCAGCACAAAGGCUUCAAAGCGGAGACAUUCUUUACGAAAGACUUCGAAAUGUAAGUGGUUGCAGUGCAGCGACUUCGGCAACCGAUACAUCCGGUUUCGGAACAGAAACGUCUUACGAAUACAGUGUAUCAGAUAGUGACUCCGACGAUGAUGAAAGUGUUAAUUAUGAUUCACAUUCAAGAAAUGGAAGUCCAGAUCUGAAUUUGAUUUCAGAGCAAGAUGCUGAGAUAGACAGCAUGCAAGAGCAAAUGUCAUUUUACGAACAAAGUUGCAGAUUCUACCAGCAACAUGAUGAAGUAUCCGAAAGCCUGGGUAGAGCAGAGUGUGAAGAGACUCUUCUUAAGACAGGAAUAACUCUGAAUAUGUCGUACCUGCAUCAGUUUGAGGACACAAAUCCAAAUAUUUUGAAACGAGAAAAUUUUUAUACAGAAUUCCUUGACAAAGCUAAGCUUCAAGAAUUGAUGUUGAAAAAUCCGAAGAAGUACAUCAAAUGUACUAUACAGGUAGAAGGAUGUCACGAUGCAUUUUGUACACCGGUUGAUUCACAUCAUUCCAUUAGCGUCAUUGAAAUAUCUGGACGAUCAAAAAUUGGACAGGCUUUUAAUGAAGAUGAGGUUAUUGUUGAAAUUCUUGACAAUCAUGUUUCUGAUGAGAAACGAUACGGAAAAGUUAUUGGCAUAUGGAAUAGACAACGACACGACAACACCAAGCAUCCAGUUUUUAUCUGCACCUUAGACGGUAUGGAAAGUCAUCUUGUUCGACCUAUGUGUAAAACAAUUCCAAAAAUUCAUAUUUUGAAUAAAGAGAUAAAGCAGAAAUACAGAAAUGAAAAAGACAGGAGAAACAAAGUGGAGAUAUACGAAUAUGAUGAAAGGGCUGGACUAUUAUGCAAUCCCAAAAUACUGGAAGUUAAUCCAGCUGAUCAAGGCUCUGUUAUUUUCUUAGUAGCUUUCAUCAAAUGGGGUGCUCGACAUAUCUACCCUAAAGGGGCGAUCAUUAAACGAUUGCCAAGUGGAAGUAGCGUUGCAACUGGUCUCAUGGUACUAAAUCUCAAACAUGAAGUACCAACUCUUUACAAAAAGAAGACAGUGGAACAAGUAUCAAGCAUGAUGAAGAAAAUCGGAGAUGAACCACCGGAGCGUAUGCUUCAUGACAGAGUAAAUCUAACUACAUUGAAUACAUUUACAAUUGAUCCCCCUGGUGCCAAAGAUCUAGACGAUGCCCUCAGUAUUGAAGUCAUUGACGGUGGCUACAAGGUAGGCGUCCAUAUUGCAGACGUUGCAAUGUUUAUUGAAAAGGACACUCCGCUGGACGAAGAAGCUCGAAACAGAUCUACAACGUUUUAUCCAGGUAUACGGAAAUCUAGGAACAUGAUUCCAGAACCAUUAAGUUCAAAUAUUUGCAGUCUCAUCGAAGAUAAAGUGAGACUGACAAUAUCUGUUUUCUUUUACAUCGGAAGUAAUGGACGACUUCUAUGUAUGGAAGGCAGCAAUGUGGAAAUUAUUAAAUCUUAUAUCAAAUCGAAAAAACAACUGACUUAUGGGCAAGCACAAGAAUUGAUAUAUGCCUCGCCAGAAGGAAGAAAGGACAUACUUACAAAUGAUAUUAAGACCCUUUUCGAAAUUGCACACGCUAUUCGUAAAAACAGGUUGGGUAAUGCCAUGUUUGCUUUAGAUACUGAUUGGGAAGAGACCGAUCAGGGCUCGGAAGAAAAAACACGAGAAGCUCAUUAUUUGAUUGAAGAGUUUAUGAUAAUGACCAAUAGGAAAGUAGCAGAAAAACUGUUGAGGACUUACAGGAAUUGUGUUCCUCUGCGCUGUCAGCCACCACCUUCUAAAGAAAGUCUUGAUGCAUUUUUCAAAAGAAAUGAUCAGUUCUUAGACAUUCUUGUAAGAUUCCAAGACAAACAAUUUGGACCGAGACGUCCGAGCGUUUAUGAUUGCCUGAAUAAUCAAACUUCUCAAAAGGUUAUGCUGUCAAAAUCAAUUUGGGAAGAAAUGGUUAAAUCUCCAAAAAUUGCAGCUGCAAAAUUCAUAAGAAAAGACGACAUACACCCUUUGCAACUUGUGAUUUAUCAGCAUUGGUUGUCAAUCCAAGAACGUGCAGGGUAUAGAUGCUCUGGCAGUCUUGCUAGCAAAGAAGAUUUCACACACUUUAGUCUAGACAUGUUACCCUAUACCCAUUUUACAUCUCCAAUAAGAAGAUACAAUGAUUUGAUUAUACAUCGUCUUGUCCAUGCUGCAGUAUUUCAAAAAAUAAGGUCUCCAUAUGAAAAAGAAGAAAUAGACAACAUUUGCAUGCAUAUAAAUUCCGUGGCGAAACGUGCAAAAGCAUAUGAAAAAGGAUGUAAAUCAUUACAACAGGCAAUGGAUUACAAGACAAAUCCAAAGAUGAUUGACUGCUAUGUUGAUGAAGUUACCGAAAGAGGUGUGAUGCUUUGCUCUCCCUUUUUGAAGUAUGUAGCAAGAAACUUCAGAGAACUAACAUUCAAUCAUUUAGACAUGGUAGCUAAACCUGAAGUUGUAGAAGACCUUAAUACCCACUGGGAUAUGGUACGAGCAGUAUGGAGAAAAAGGCUGUAUGACUUUCAUAUUCGUCCAAACUAUCCACCUGAUAGAGGAAAUGAAUUGAAGUUAAAUCCUCACAAAGGUGUUUUAUUCCUCCCAUUGUAUCAAUGGGCAAAAAUGUUAAAAAGCACCAUGGAAGGUCAUAUUGAAGAUCUUUCCCGGGCUAUUAGAAAUGCGAAUGUAGCAUACCAUGGAGAAGGGCUUGAUGAUGUUUCCACGGAAUGCUUUGAUCCAUUGAAUAUUCAACCCAGCACAAGAUUUUCUAUGACAUUUUCCCGUGGGCAACAACUGAAGAUUCAGAUGUCUGGUUCUCCAUUCAAAGGUAUGAUCGCCCCAAAACCUAUGCUUUACGACAUGACAAACAAUGUUAAACUUUGUUUGCAACAUACAGAGGAUCCCGUUCUACACCUUUACAGAUAUGCAACACGUGGGACAUGUGAUCAGUAUAAGUCGGUUAAAGUAUAUUUAGAGAGAUGGCUACCAUUGAUGUUGAUGGAAUCUGCUACUGGUGUUGUAAAGAAUGAAGAAUCUUGCAACAUCAAUAAUGUACAAAUCAAAUUUUCUGGAGAUAGGAAAGGCAAAUUUGCUCUUGGCUUAGCGGAAUGUGAGGUCAGGAAUAUAGAGUUAUCAGGAACAGUUUCUGACGACGAUGAUGACGAGGAAAUUGAAAACAACGGGGCAAAAUCAUAUGAUUGGCUCUGCCUUAAAACAACAUUGCCAGCAAGAAACACUGUCUUUAGCAAAAACUCACAUGAUUUUAAGCCGUUGGAAUCCGUUUGGGUUGGACAUGCAGAAGUUACAAGAGUUAGAAGGAAAACAGAGAAGAGAAACACUGGAAAGAUCACUGUUUCUUUUACUUUGCACGAACGUGCACCUGAACUGCCACCUGACUUGCCUGUAGAUCACAAACGUUUCAGUGUUGAAAUUUUAAGGAAAUCAGAAGUAGAUAGG